AUGUCAUCAUUCAUCGUCCGUCCGUCAAAUACCGACAAGGAUCCGUUCCGGGUCAAGUUGACUGCGGUUUCCAUGCUGUCCCUAAAAUUAAAGUCCGGCGACACAUGUGAGCUCCAAAGUAUAGACUUCGAAGAACAUGACCAGAAAAAGAAGAAGAACAAGAAGAAACUUGCCAUUGCCUGGGAAGCCUCGGGAGCCGGGAUGAAGGACACGAUUGUGCAAACAUCCAAACUUUUACAGGAGGUGUACGGCUUCAAACUUGGGGACAAGAUCCUUGUUUCUAGAUCGACACACGCGGUGCAAGAUUCCGCGGUGAUCAGCAUUGAACAUUUAGGGACGCCGUCCUUGAGUGAAGAAGACAAGCACUUCUGGGAGAAAUACGCCAGGCUCUCAAUUCCCGGCGUGGACGAGUGUCUGGUGGAAACGCAACGGCUACGAUUUAGGACAGGUAUCCAAGUUACAGAGUUUGUCGUCCGUGACAUCGGUGACUCGGAGUCGUUGAUCGGUCGGGUUACGAAAGACACGCGGUUUCGAAUCCGGGCGCCGAAUGAGGAUGGAUCUGAAGUUGUCGAAACUGUCAAACAGGUCGAGUUUCAACCGGUGAGUCUAGGUGGCGUGCACGAUGCAAUCCGUCAAGUACAGGACAUUAUUGGGAGGAUCUGUCGGCCUGUCGUGAAGCGGCAUUUUCGACUGUAUCGGCCUGUGCAGGGUGUGCUGUUGUAUGGGUCCAAGGGAACGGGCAAGACGGCGUUUAUUUCGGCUUUGGGACAGGCUGGCUGGACGGCGGUGACGGAGUGGAAACCGGGGACUCAGCUGAAAGGUACCAACGGUUCCGAGCCGCAAUUGGUGGUCGUGCCGACCAGAUACUUGUCUCGCAAGGACUCAAAUGGUGGUUCUUCGUCAAGUGUCGUCGUGGGCGAGCUAGACAAGCUGUUUGAGCAAGUUAGGGACUUUCCCGUCUUGGUGGUCGGCGAGGUCCGACAUCCAAACGAUGUGGAGCAGGCGUUGAGGUCGGAGGGGAAAUUUGCAGCCGAGAUCGAACUGCCUAUUCCUUCGGCGCAGCAACGGAAAGAAAUCCUGUUGGCGUUGCGUGGUGGUGACAGUGUGCCUGAUGAUGCGUUGGUACAAGAGAUGGCGGACCGCACACAUGGAUAUGUGGGCGCGGAUUUGUAUGCGCUUGUUCGGCGGACGCUUGAGAUCGCGUCGGAUCGAAGUGAAAGUGUGCCAAGUGUACCAAACAACAUCAGAUCGCUUGGUGGAGAGAACCAGAAACAAAUCAACGGCAUAGAAGAUAUGGCAUCAUUGACCCUGAACGAAAAUGAGGACACGGCUAAUGCAUCGUCUACCCAAACUGAAGACGUUCAGUUAGCACUGCGUCCAACCUCCACCGACCUCGACGAAGCACUCCGUCAAAUCCGCCCAUCUGCCCUGCAAGAAAUCUUCCUCGAAACCCCCAACGUCCACUGGACCGACAUAGGCGGCAACCACGAAAUCAAGCGCCAACUCCGCAACGCCGUGGAACGACCACUGAAAUUUUCCUCGCGCAUGGCCAAACUCGGCCUCCAGCCCAAAAAGGGCGUCUUACUCUACGGUCCACCGGGGUGUUCCAAAACACUGUUGGUGCGGGCCCUCGCGACCGAAGCCGGAUUGAAUUUCCUUGCAGUCAAGGGUGCAGAACUGAUAUCCAUGUACGUCGGUGAAAGUGAACGGGCUACGCGCGAGGUGUUUCGCAAAGCAAGGGCCGCGAGUCCGAGUAUUAUUUUUUUCGACGAGAUUGAUGCUAUUGCAUCUAGGGGAAGAAGUGGAAGUGACUUGAAUGUGUUGACGACGUUGUUGAAUGAAAUGGAUGGCUUUGAAGAAUUGAAGAAUGUUCUCGUUGUCGCGGCCACGAAUAAGCCGAUGAACAUUGAUCCGGCACUCAUGCGCCCCGGCCGAUUCGAUAAUGUGGUCUAUAUCGGGCCGCCGGACUUGGAGGCCAGAAAGGAGAUUUUUCAGAAAAGACUACAGAGGAUUGGUGAUGGAUAUAGGCCCGAAAUCAGUCUUGAUGAAGAUACCGACGAGUUUGCGAGGGCCGCGGCUGGGUUUUCGGGCGCAGAGGUCGUGGCGAUUUGUCAGACGGCGGGGGAAUUUGCGUUUGAUGAUGAUCGUGAUGUGAUUGUUGCGGAGGAUAUUAGGAGGGCGAUUGAGAGCACGCCGAAGAGUAUUACGGCGGAUAUGUUGUUUGAGUUUGAGAGCUGGAAUAGUGCGAGGAUGCGCUGA